AUGGAAGACGGGUGGUUUAAGGCUUUGAAGCCUGAAAUGACAAAACCGUCAUUCCUGGCGUUAAAAAAAUUCUUGAAGGCCGAGAAAGAGGCAAAAAAAACUGUCUAUCCAGCAGACGAUCAGAUUUAUAGCUGGUCCAACUUCACCCCUUUAUCGAACGUCAAAGUGGUAAUCGUAGGUCAAGAUCCUUAUCACAACGUCAACCAAGCCCAUGGACUUUGUUUCUCGGUACUCAAGGGCAUAACGCCUCCCCCUUCUCUUGUCAAUAUCUACAAGGCAAUUUCUAUUGAUUAUCCUGAUUUCAAAAAACCUAACCAUGGUUAUCUUGAAGAAUGGGCUAAACAAGGUGUUCUUAUGCUUAACACAUCUCUCACUGUUCGCGCACAUGAACCUGCAAGCCACUCUAACAAAGGAUGGGAACAAUUUACUGAGGCCAUAAUCAACCAUUUGAACGAGAAAAAGAAGGGUAUCGUGUUUCUUCUCUGGGGUGCACAUGCCCAAAAAAAGGGCUCCAAGAUCGACAAUAAGAAACAUUUGGUUCUUAAAGCAGUUCAUCCAUCACCUUUGUCCGCACACAGAGGAUUCUUUGAAUGUCACCAUUUCAAGCAAACCAAUGAGUAUCUUUCGCAACAUGGAAAGGAACCUAUUAAUUGGAACUGUUUAGCUGACGCAUAAACUUAUAUCUGGUGUAUAAUUUUUAUCAUGAUAUUUGAUCAUCUUUAAAAAAAAAGCUAUGAUUUUAAUCCUGCAUCUGAAUUUCGUCUAUAGACGUGUGUUUAUAUCAUUUCUAAC